CUCUCUACCGUCCUUCCUCUUCUCUAACCAGCGGGUGCUUCUGCGCGCGCGCGUGUGCAUGUGUAGCUAGCUACAGCUCAGAGGGGCGCUGGCUGCUGUGACGUCAACGAAUCACUUCCUGAAAUGGAGAGGAGUAAUAUCAAAAGUGAGUUAGCAGCCGGAAAAGGACUUCCAUUUAUGGCAUUUGAAUCUUUAAGGGACCUAUAAGGACACUGGCGCACACUUGGAGGUGGAUUCAGACGCAGGACAGCAGCGGAUUUAAGAAAAUCCCAGGAAUGCCUCUCUCGCUCUUGUCGGACUGCAGCAUCGAGCGGCGAGCAUCUCCAUCGGAACAAGCGUGGAGCGCACACGAUCCCACGCGUUGGCUGGCAGACAAUCUCAACCAUGAAUUUCCUCACAGCCAGGUGCAUCCAAAGCCAGGGUCAGCUGCCUCCUCAUCACCCAGUCGCGCCAAAGAAAAGUUAGUUACGAGCCAUUUCCCGCUUCAUUUCGCUGCUGCAUUGCACCAAAGUCUCCCGGGCGCCUUCCCGCGAGCCCCCCUGGCGCGCCCACGUUCAGAUGACUGAUCCCGACUGAUGUUUUAUCUCAUGGCGCUGAGCAAAAGGCUGAUAGCCGCAUCUGCUGAGCUCCUCCACAACUGAGGAGCUUUCCAAUUUCAAAGGCCUCCUUUCCAGCUCCAUGGGGUUUGACCUCAGCUCUUAAUUAUUAUCCCGGCAGCCGACCGGCGAAUCCGGCUGUUGCUCGCUUGACCUUCUAAAUUACCCCCGGCGUCUCCCCGCCAGCUACGUACAUCCAUCGGCUGGAGCUGCAGAAAUAGGAAACACUUAGUGCUCAGCUUGGUCUGCGUCAAGAUGAAUGAAACACACAACAACAGGACUUCUCUGGUCAAAGGGGCCAAGGACAUCGCCAAGGAAGCCAAGAAGCAAGCCGGGAAGAACUUCAACAAGGCGGUGGACCGCGCCUCGGAUGAAUACUCGGCGCACCGUAGCUACGAUCGAUUCCAAAACGACGAGGAGGAGGAGAACGAGUACAAUUCAUACGGACAAGCGGAAAGGCGCUACGGCGACGACGCGGCCGAGGACGGGGCGUCCAGCGACGCCACGGAGGGCCACGAUGACGAAGAUGAGAUCUACGAGGGUGAGUACCAAGGCGUGCCCGCCUACCAGGACGCCAAACAACGGGACGGACAGAUGCCUCUGGGCCAACUGGCGGGUGACGCUCCGAAGAGCCACAAGGAACUGGAGAACGAGCGUCAGGCCGACGAGGAGGAACUGGCGCAGCAGUACGAGCUCAUCAUGCAGGAGUGCGGCCACGGGAGGUUCCAAUGGCAGCUCUUCUUCGUGCUGGGCCUGGCGCUCAUGUCGGACGGCGUGGAGGUGUUCGUGGUGGGAUUCGUCCUGCCCAGCGCCGAGACGGACAUGUGCGUGCCCAACUCGGGCGCCGGAUGGCUCGGCAGCAUCGUGUACCUGGGGAUGAUGUUUGGCGCUUUCUUUUGGGGCGGCCUGUCGGACAAGCUGGGCCGCAAACAGUGCCUGCUGAUAUCCUUGUCCACCAACGGCUUCUUCGCCUUCCUCUCCUCCUUCGUGCAAGGCUACAGCACCUUCCUCUUCUGCCGCAUGCUGUCGGGAUUCGGGAUUGGCGGCGCAGUGCCUAUUGUGUUUUCGUACUUUGCGGAGGUGCUGGCGCGGGAAAAGCGUGGAGAGCACCUGAGUUGGCUCUGCAUGUUCUGGAUGAUCGGCGGCAUCUACGCCUCAGCCAUGGCUUGGGCCAUCAUACCGCACUAUGGUUGGAGUUUUAGCAUGGGGUCGGCCUACCAGUUCCACAGCUGGCGAGUGUUUGUGGUGGUGUGCGCGCUGCCUUGCGUCUCAGCUGUGGUGGCGCUCACCUUCAUGCCUGAGAGCCCUCGCUUCUUCUUACAGAUGGGCAAACAUGACGAGGCCUGGAUGGUCCUCAAGCACAUCCAUGAUACCAACAUGCGAGCUCGCGGAGAGCCCGAGAGAGUCUUCACUGUCAAUCGGAUUAAGAUCCCCAAGCUGCUGAACGAGCUGGUGGAGUUGCAGAACGAGUCUGCAAACCCAGUGGUCAAGUUUUUCUCCAAAGUCAAGGCCGAGCUCCGAGGGAUCUUGUCUACUUUCAUGAAAUGCUUUGACUACCCAGUAAAAGACAACACCAUGAAACUGGCAGCGGUUUGGUUCACGCUCUCCUUCGGGUUCUACGGGUUGUCUGUGUGGUUCCCCGACGUGAUCAAACACCUGCAAGCCGACGAGUACGCCUCGCGAGUGAAGAUCCACACCAACGAACGCAUCGAAGAUUUCACUUUCAACUUCACGCUGGAGAACCAGAUACACAGAAAUAGCGUUUUCCUUAACGACAGGUUUAUUAGCAUGAAGUUCAAGGCGGUCUUGUUUGUCAACUCCUCGUUCCUCAACUGCUACUUUGAGGACGUCUCAUCCGUGGGCUCCUCCUUCAAAAACUGCACCUUUGUCGACUCUUUCUUCUACAACACAGAUAUCGACGACAUGAAGCUGACAAACUCAAGGCUGGUCAACAGCUCCUUCCACCACAACAAGACGGGCUGUCAGAUGACCUUCGACGACGACUACAGCGCGUACUGGGUCUAUUUUGUCAACUUCCUGGGAACGCUGGCCGUGCUGCCUGGCAACAUCGUCUCGGCCCUCCUCAUGGACAAAAUAGGCCGUCUCAGCAUGCUGGGGGGCUCCAUGGUGCUGUCUGGAAUCAGCUGCUUCUUCCUGUGGUUUGGCACCAGCGAGUCCAUGAUGAUCUUCAUGUUGUGCCUCUACAACGGCCUCAGCAUCUCCGCCUGGAAUUCCCUGGAUGUGGUCACCACCGAGCUCUACCCCACCGACAGGAGAGGCACCGGCUUUGGCUUCUGCAACGCCUUGUGCAAACUGGCCGCCGUGAUGGGCAACCUGAUCUUUGGCUCUCUGGUGGGCAUCACCAAGGCCAUCCCGAUCCUGCUGGCGUCGUCCGUGCUGGUCUGCGGCGGCCUGGUGGGCCUGCGGCUGCCCGACACACGCGCCAAUGUCCUCAUGUAAACGUUUGGUAUGUGUAUGGGAAUCAUUGUUCCGAUUCAUCAUGACGUCAUAAUUGCUACCUAUGAAGCUACAUUAGGCCGCCCGCCCUCACUUAACAAAUACUGGAUUGUCAUUUGAGCACAGUGAAAGUCCCUAAAACACACGAGUUUACAUAUCGAAACACACCGAAACGGGACUAGAGAGAAGCACAGCGUCUUGCACAAUUUAUUAAUAUGUGCUAAUGCUGCUUUUUGACCCUCGCAGGCAGAUUUAACUUUACAUUGACCGGAGCCAUUUCACUCCGAUGAUCGUUAAAUAAUAGAGCUGGUGCUGAUGUGAAAAAAACAAAAAAAAUAGCCAUACAGCUAACACUUCCUACUAAAUUCCUCUCAUCCGUCACAUGCCAUCACCAUUCCGACAUGAACUGUGAAGCUUUUUUGCAAGAAUAAUCUUAAGGCCAUACAGCAUUUCUCUAGUGACACAAAAAAAAAAAAAAGUUUACAUUUUCUGCUUUUUAAACGUCGAGUGCGGGCUCCUCGUGUGUGUGUUGUGUUCAAAGACCCCUCGGUCUUCUCAUCGCUUCCCCCGAUUGUGUCAUCCCCUGUCUUGUCUCUCCCCACCGCUUCGAAAACAAAAGCUCCAAGGCCUUUUUCUACAAUGUGGUGCCUCUCUCGCUAUCGCUUCCCAAACGUGGCUGGGAACUUUUGCUGCUUUGUUGUGUCUUCUCCACGUUAAUAAGGCGUCUGCAAUAAUGCGGAGAACUUUUAAAGGGCCAGUGUUGCUUCAACAUCAGCUGAUUGCGUGUUUUGAUGUAGCAUAGACACUUUAUCUCUGAAAUCAAUUCGCCCUUACAUCGCAAAUAAAGCAAGUCAGCUGUUUUUGCGAGAGGGGUGUAAUUUUCUCAACGAUUACGUUCCAAAAUCUUAUGGUGGGAAUGAUGCUUUCAAAUUCUUGAAAACUAAUAAAACCUGGCAAACAUGUUUUCUAAAUGCACUCAUUUUAAUUCCUCAAUGUGAUUGAAAACAAAGUCAUCUUAAAAAUAGAACACAACUAGCAAAACCAAUUUUCUUUCCCUUCUAAAACUCACCAUGGUCUAAAUCCCGCUUGAAAAUAUGCAAUACAUUUUCCCGUUUCUCGCCAUACAUUCCUGUUUCCAAAUCCUGCAUGUUUGUUGCGAAACGCUCUUUCUUAUUGCCUGUAAUCUUUUCUUCCUCGUCGUCUUUUUGUCACAUGGUCAUUUGAGUGGCGACGUGAUGCCGUGUCGUUGUUGCCAAGAUGUUCUAUUUGCGCGCCUGGAUGACUUAUUUUCAUAAGAAAAAAUCGAUGUGGUGAAUGCCGUCGUGUGUGGCGUCUACAUAAAAUGUCUCAUUUGAACUUGA